AUGUGUAGAGGUGUGGAAGAGAGCAACUACCAAGGCGGGUUCUGCAAACUUCCUAUUCCCAAGGAAGCCGCCCCGCGGCGGCCUAAUGCUAGUACUGUCACAUGUGCGGUGAUUGCCUGCGAGCUGUGCAGCUCGCGGGCCUCGUUGUAUUGCCAAGCGGACGACGCGUAUUUGUGUAGGAAAUGUGACCAAUGGGUUCAUGGGGCUAACUUCUUAGCCCGCAGGCAUGUUAGGUGCUUCCUAUGCAACACAUGCCAAAAGCUCACGCAGAGAUACCUCAUUGGAGUUUCAAUGGAGGUUGUGCUUCCGACUCUUGUUAGUUCCUCGGAGGGAAGCCAAUGUCAAUCAUUGGACACAACAAAUUGCUCAAGAACGCUAAAGAGGCCGUUCCUCUUUCUUUGA